AUGAUUCUUUUGCUGUUAGGCUUGGGACUGGUUUCAUCAAAGCCUAUGAAAGAGAAUAAACAAUUAUCACUUAGAGACUUGCCGCUCCCAGGUGGGCCAGAGAAGGAGCCGGCUUAUGAUCAAAAGUACGCCUAUGCUCCAAGAGUGAGGGAUGGAAGGAAGAACAGUGUGCGCGCACAACUAAAGAUUGCGGCGGAUGAUAUGCUGCUUGAAGACGAGUUGCUUCUGCCUGCCGUAGCACAGCGAACGCAAGUUCGUCGGGAACAGAAAAUUGCGAAUAGAUCGCCGCAAGCCGACGAAUGGCAGUGGAAGGCAGUUGAGCGCUCCCAGGGUGAUGACGCGUGGCCGCAAGCAGACGAAUGGCAGACCGACUUGGCCGAGGAGCACCCUCAAGGUGACGACCCGUGGCCACAAUCAGAUGAGCUUCGAGAGCAAGCCGAUGAGUGGUGGGUCGAAAAAGGUUCCGGCGACAAACCUGUCACCCCUGGCGGUGAAGGGUUUAAAAAGGGCUGCAAGAUCGACAUGGUCUUCCUUAUUGAUGCAACCAACAGCAUGACGUAUGACAACUUCCGGAAAAUAAAACAGCACAUGCAAAAGGCGAUACAGGAGAUUCCUAAACUCGGCCCUGAGGAUGUCCAAGUUGGCGUGCUGUUGCUUAGCGACGAGUUAGACACCGGAACUGUCAUCCCGAUGAAUACGUUCGACAACAAGGCUGAGUUGAUUACGGCCAUUAUGGAUGAUUUCAUUGUGCCUUUCUCCGACCGGGCCACGCUUCUCGGACUUGCCAUGAACGUCUUACGGACGGAAAUGCUGACAGAGGAAAUGGGGGCUCGAUCUGGUGUCAAGAACAAGGUAGCAGUGAUUCUGACAGACGGCUGGACUUAUGAUGAUGACGAAAAUAUGGUUUACGAUGAGGCCGAACUCCUCCGGGGAAUGGGCGUUACCAUUGUCACAAUCGGCCUCGCCCCGGAGCCCUGGCCCAUUAAUGUCGACCUCUUGAGGGCCAUCGGGGACGAAGGUUACUACCACGAGAUGGGUGACUUUAACUACAACUGGAUAGACAAGGUCAACAAGAAAAUGUGUAGCGAUCCAGGCGGCGAUUCGUUGCGAGAUGAUUGCACUUCUAACUUGGACAUCGUAUUCGUCAUGGACAGUUCUGGCAGCAUGAAAGAGGUCAACUUCACUCGCCAGAAGGAGUUCGUCGCCAAUAUCUUGGACGACUUGGAGAUCGGUUCGGAUGACACCCAGGUUAGCGCGGUGGUGUUUUCGGCUGAUGAUAGGCGGUAUACAUACCCAGUCUUCUACCUUGAUGACUACAAAUCGAAGGAAGAUGUCAUCGGCGCCGUCCAAAACAUCACCUACUCCGGUUACUCCACCUACCUGGCGAGAGCGCUACAGGUCACACGAGAGGAGGUGCUCAUUCCUGAGAGGGGGUCAAGGAAGGACACACCGAAGAUUGUUAUUGUCAUUACUGAUGGCGUUGCUGACGAUAGGGAGGAUACACCCUUUGAGGUCGAGAAACUCAUGAACGAACAUCCGCUCAUCGAAAUCAUCGCGAUAGGGGUUGGAGAGUGGCUCCACUACGGCGGCCAUGAGGAGCUGGACGUUCUUACAUCAGGCGACGAGAGCAAGGUCUUCGAAGUGCACAACUUUCCUGAGAUCUUUAGCUACGUCAAGAAACUUAAGCGCACGAUUUGUCGCUUGCAGGCGAAGACCGAAGCCAUCUAUUUUUCGGAAAGGAAGGAGAUGCGUAUUAAGCCGUUUGAGUAGUUAACUUUCUACGUAGAUUUAGGGCGAAUCGAUCCGCCGAAAGUAGCAGUUGGUAGUUUAUUUAUUUUGAACUUAAAUCAUGAGCCAGUAGAGGCUUCCGUGCCAUUAUCCAUGAAAUUCAGUGAUUUCAGAUUUUACAGAAUCUGCGUCGACCCCAGUGUGAGCUUUUUGGAUAAAGGUGCUGGUAAUGAUGAAGAUGUAUUUUCCCUUAUUGUGACUGACUGAUACAGUGUUGUUCUGAGGUCGGCUGAUCUUAUCCGGUAAUUAUUGACGAAUAUUACACAAGUUUACAAUUAUUUUUUUAGCUUUCGAUAUUAAUACCUUAAUUGAAUAAUGUAUUGUUUCUCGAUUGGAUCAAUUGG